GCCUGUGCCUGACUCGCCCCUUCGCAGGCUGGCCGGCGGGAAGUUUGAAGACGCGGGCGCCCGCAGAAGCUCCAGCAGUCGGGCUCGCGCUCCACGGUGCGGGGCUGGGGCUGGGGCUGGGGCUGGGGCUGGGCCCGCGGGUGGGUUCUCCUCCGGAGUCAGCGAGCGCUGCGUGACGAGGACGCGGACCCUGCCCGGACAAGCGACCGCGGCACUGAGCAGCGGCCUGAAGCCGCGGUGCGGCGGGCUGACCCCAGCCAGGGCGCCGGAGUGGCUUCCGGGCCGCCCGUCAGGGAUCGAGGACUUGGUUGUCACGGAGCCGGGAGCUCUCGGAGAGGAAAGGGAGACCUUGCACACACCCCACGCCUGACGCGCCGAACCCCGGGGCACGGCCUGCGCAUGCGCACCCCUCUGCCUUCCUGCCCGCGCACGCCCGGUACCCGCAGCCUCUGGUCGGGUCAUGGAGGCCUCGGGAGGCGCUCCCGAUCCGGGCGCCUUUCUGAAAGAUAUUGUGGCCUAUGUCGAAGUAUGGUCUUCCAAAGGGACGGAGAAUUACUCAAAGACGUUUACAAAGCAACUUGAGGAUAUGGGGGCAACGGUUUCAAAAACUUUGAACAAACAAGUGACCCAUGUGAUCUUCAAAGAUGGAUAUCAGAGCACCUGGGACAAAGCCCAGAAGACUGGGGCAAAGCUGGUUUCUGUCCUCUGGGUUGAAAAAUGCAGGAUGGCUAGAGCACGUGUCGAUGAGUCUUUGUUCCCUGCAGUGAAUACUGAAGAACAUUUACCAAACCUAAUUAAAAAAAAACACAAAUGUAUGCAGCCCAAAGAUUUUAUUCCUAAAAUACCAGAAAAUGACAAAAGACUUCAAAAGAAAUUUGAGAAAAUGACUGAAGAGCUACAAAGGCAAAAGACAGCUGUAGAUGUCGAUGUUCCUGUCCUCCUGUUUGAGUCCCCUCGCUCAGUGGUAUACAGCUCACCAGUGAAUAUGAUGAAAAGGAGACUGCAAGAGAUGAAGGAGAAGAGGGAAAACCUUUCCCCAACCUCCUCCCAGAUGUUGGAGCAGUCUCAGCAGAAUCCAUGUGCCAGUCUGUUUGAAACAGCCUUGAACAUUUCUCACCCACCUCUGAGUUCAGAUGAAUCCUUUGCCAGCGAUUGCCAUUCAUCUUUUGAUGGUUCCUGUGGAGAUCAAGAAAGGAAAGGAACAUCUGCUAAUGAGAUGACCAGGAUGACAUACCCUUCCUCACCUGUGUUGAGGGCAAGCAGUUCCUAUUGUUCAGCCUCACCCAACCAUUUCAGGCAGCCGAGUCCUCAGAAAGCUCCAGACAGUCCUUCAAAGAAGUGUAUCAACGUCCAGAAAGAUGCUACAGGUGCCGUAGCUGAUUCCGAGAGAAAGCAAGCUGCAGGUGUGUCUCAGGAGAUGCCUGAUGAGAGGCACUGCCUGUCUCCUACUGAGUGUGUCAUAGAAGAACACGUAGUAUCUUUGGGACCCAAGAGUUCUUCAGCAAAGAGAAAAAGGGCAGCGGACUUGGGUUCACCUCCAAAAGCAAAGCUGAAGAAGAGGUACAAGAGAAAGUCUGCUCUGGCAAUACAGUUAUUCAAGUCCGACCACAGCCCGCAGUCCACAGUCGGACUCGUCCCGGGAACUCCUGACAUUGAGGCUUCUUCAUAUGAGGACUACUUUUCCCCUGAUAAUCUCAAGGAGAGGAGUUCAGAGAGACUUCCUCCUGAGGCUCAGCCACUAGCAAACCCUUCUCUGUUCCACUGCAGAGGUCUCUCAAAACGGGAGCGAAAAAGCAUGCUGGAAAUGUGUGAUUUUACCUGCAUUGGUGAAAAACAGAGAUCCAUCAGUAUUAGUGACUUAAUUUCAAAGAGUACUGCUAGUCUUGAGAAACCUGUCAAGGAGGAAGUGAAUACAGCUUCUACUAGCUUGCCUUUGGUGGAGCCCUCUGCUAACGAGAGUCCAGGGCAUUGCAGGCAGCCUGGCCCUCAGCUGAGGGAAGACACAGGCCCUGAGGGAAGCAGCCGCCCUGACACCCCCUAUAGUCCUGCUCACCACGUCAUACCCUUGAAAGGAAGUAGUACAGAAACCAGAGACCCAGGCAAUGGAAAAGGCUCCCCCAAAGAAGGUACCACUCCUCCUGCAUCAGCCUCUCCCGAAGAUGGAGCACACAGCUGUAUUCUCAGUUCGGGAGAGGACUGUAAUGUAGAAAAAUCUAUAGAAGAGGAGAACAUAACCACAGGACAAAGUGAAAGUGUUAGAAAUGGACCAGGGAGGCCAGAUCCUUCAGACAGCUCUUGCACUGGCCUUGUCAGACCUCAAGAGAAACCAAUGAAAUGUGAGAAAAUAAAAAAGCCAACGAGAACAUUAGUCAUGACAAGCAUGCCAUCUGAGAAGCAGAACCUCAUCAUCCAGGUGGUGAGCACACUGAAAGGCUUUGCAUUCGCACCUGAGGUCUGCGAGACCACCACCCACGUGCUGGUGGGGAAGUCUGUCCGUACCCUGAACGUGGUGAUGGGGAUCGCGCGAGGCUGCUGGAUUCUUUCUUACGAAUGGGUACUGUUGUCUUUAGAGUUGGGUCACUGGAUUUCUGAGGAGCCUUUUGAACUCUCUGAAACCUUCCCUGCAGCUCCGUCUGACUGGAAGAGGAGCUGAGCAGAAGUCAGCUUUCAUUUCCAAACAUGUUGAUUGGCUUGAGACAAUUGAUUUGAAAAGAUGAGUCUCUGAAAGACGGUGGCUAUUCUGGCUGUCCCCAGUGCUCUCUCAGCUAUCCGAGUGGGCCUGCGCUGGGGCCAGCAGGAAGCUGACCUCUGACCCCAAUCGCUCGCUCAUCUAGCCCAUCGCAUUGUUUCUGUUUUCAUUUCAAGAUUACUGUUUUGAUUUCCUUUCAGUUUUGUAAAUGUUUUCUUAAGAACAGAAGGAAAAAAAAUCCUCCCAGUAAUUCUGUUUAUUUAAAAUACUGUGUAAGGAGCUGAAGCAUAAAGUGGGAGCCGGGCUUCUUCCCAUCCUCUGAGCUAAGAGAGAAGGUGUUAGCUCUGAGCAGCACUGGUUCACCUCUGACUCCAUCUUCCUGCGUCCACUGCUGCCCGUCCUUCCUGGGUCCCUUCCAGCCGUGUGGUCAUUCAAGAAACAUACUGCUAUUUCGAAGCUGUGGAUUUGUGUGUGUGUGUGAGAGAAAGAGAGAGAUGUUUUAACUGGUUACAAAGCCAUGUUGGCCCCGUCAACAUUUCCUAAAUGUAAUAAUAGAAACGGUGGUCAGAAGGCAGGGACAGAGUUCUUCACUUUGGAGUUAGUUGGCAGGAAGUGAACGUGGCAGAGGAAAAGGGUGCCUUGGCUACCCUGAGUCUGCGGAUUGACCAGAACACACCCCAAGGCUGUGUGAAAGGAGAUGGGUUAGAGUAGGGGUUCUCAGCCUGUGGGCAGAGACCUUUUGGGGGUUCCAUAUCAGAUAUCCUACACAUCAGAUACUUGUAUCACUGCUCAUCACAGUAGCAGACAUACAUUAUCAAGUAGCCUUGAAGUAAUUUAUGGUUGGGGGUCCCUACAAUAUGAGAAACAGUGUCUCAACAUUAGGAAGGUUGAGAACCACUCCGUUAUAGAAAUGAAAGUUUAAAAAUAGCAUCUGGAAAGGAAGGAUAGACAGACAGGAAGGAAGGCUACAGGAGAAGCUGCACUAAUGCUCUGUACAGGUUUCCAUCGCUGCAGAGGCCACUCUGUGAGCUCCAGAGGGUUAGAACAGGAGUUAAGGUUUCAGUUGCAAGCAGAAAGCUGUGUUCUGAAACUUGUUCUAGGGGUAUCUGGCUACAUUGUGUACCAGACUUGUUGGCUUUACGCUCUGAAGCACUUGUUCAGUUUGUUAGUGGAUAUUAACAAUGUUACUAAGGCAAACUAUUUUUUCAAAACAUUAAUUCAGAGAAUUACGGCUUUGUAAAUGUCUUAAGUAGGAUGAUUUUCCUCAACCACAAACUAAGCUUUAGCUUUAUUUUCUAAAAUACUAUCUUACUAAACUAGGGAGCACAUCUCCAGGAUAGAGCCGUCCCUCAGUGGUGAAGUGUCUUCUUCAUGAAACAGCGCUUUGGUCAUUCACAGCAAUCUUCCUUGUCACAAGUC